AGAAGUAUAACGGUUCGUAAAAGGAGCCAUUUCCUUUUCAGACUGCAUAUUUUCGGAAAUAUACGCUAGGUGGCUCUGAUUGAAAGCAAAUAUUUAUAAUAAAAAAGUAAUCGAGCUAUCAGCUUUUUACAAUCUUUUUAUACUCUUUUUCAAUUACUAUUAAAACGAAAGACAAGUGAGAUUAGAACGACAGUAAAAAACAUUACAGUUUAUAUUUGAAUUUAUCAACUAAUGUAUCAUGUUCAAUAAAAAAGUUUAUGAAGAUAAAGGGUUAAAAUAGUUCGUGAUGUAAUUACUAAGAUCGUUGUCAUAACAAAACAAAUCGUAUCCGGUUUUCAACAAUUUUCAGUAAAAAAGAAAAACAAAGUAUACGAUGUAUAGUUCUUCUCGUAUAAGUUUUUUUACAAAACUGAUAUUGUAUCUAAACCUAAAACUUCGAUAAAUGUCUGUGAUAAAUAACAUUGUUUAGAAGAAAAUAAUUCGACUAAAAUGUUACAUGAAAUUUUAGUGUCCCUUUGGGGUUGUUCAACCAGUUUGAUGGAAAUGCUCGAGAUUGAUUCUAUAGAUUUAGAUAAAUAUUUCCAUCCUGGAGAACGUGCCUUAGUUAAAAAAAUUAUUGACAUUGUCAAACAAUGUAAUACAAUUCGAGAGUUCAUUAAAAUACAUACGACUUUAUGCGACUCCAAUGAAACUGAACCACAAGAUAUUGAAGGGCUUUAUCUUCGAGCUCUUUGCGAUGGGAUGAAUCAAGCUUUAGAACCUUUUCACCAAGAUGUCAUAGAAUUAGAAAAUACUAUUUUAACUAAUAGCUAUACACCUGUAUCUUAUAUACUUUGUCAUGUACAAAAACAUGUAUGCUUAUUUUCUGUUUUGAACUCCAUCAUACGUGAAAUAAAUAUACAAAAACUCCAUGGUUGUAAAUUAAUACAAUGUCUGCAUCAGCAUAUGCAUACAGGUAUACCUGAAGUUGAAGUAGCAUUAGAAAAGAUGAUACAUUGUGUACAUGUAGUUUUUUAUAAACAAUUAACAAGUUGGCUUUUGUAUGGGCAUCUAGAUGAUGUAUACCAUGAAUUUUUCAUUCAAAAAGUAUCUGAUGAUGAGAACAGUUCAACAUCCACAGAAAAAAAAAGUAAUAUAGAUGGUUACGAAGAAACAAAUAAUAAAAAGUGUAAUUUAGAUAUGUGGGAUUAUGAUAUUCAAAUAGAUAUGCUUCCUUCUCAUAUUGGACCAUCUUUAGCAACAAAAAUUUUAACUAUAGGACAAACUAUUAUAAUGUUUGGAAAUGAUCCCAGGCAAAAAAAAGAUUCAUUCACAGAUUUCAGUGUAGUCACUAAAGCUGAUAAUUCUAUAUGGGGUGAGAAAGAAUAUGAAUAUUUUCGAAAACUUCAAAAUCUUCAAUCCAAACCAAUUUUUAAUAUUGUUGAAUUUGAAAGGACCAUUGAUGAAUUAAAACAGUGUGUAACUAAACUGUUAUGGCAAGUUGCAGUUGAAGAAGCUCAACUUUUGCAACAGCUUAAAUCAAUGAAAGACUUCUAUUUAAUGGGACGUGGCGAUUUAUUCCGAGAAUUUAUUAGGCUGACAGCACAUAUCCUAAAUAAAACGCCAACAAAUCAUACAUCCAGAGAUAUUAAUCUUGCUUUUCAAAUAGCAAUAAGAAAAAUGCAUUUAAGCGAUGAGAGUACUAUGGAUAGCUUUAAUUUCACUGUACCAAUUCCGGAGACUAAAACUGACAGUGAUGAUGAUUUUAUUGGAUCUAAUGAUUUUUCAGAAAAAGAACUCGAAGAUCCUAUUGAAAAACGUGGUUGGGGGCUAAUAAUACUAAAAUAUAAAAUUGUUUGGCCGCUACAUUUAUUAUUUAGCCCAUCUGCAUUGAAUGAUUAUAAUACCUUAUUCCGAUUUUUAUUAAGAGUGAAAAAGACACAGAUAGAUUUAUGGAAUCUAUGGAGUGAACAUAUGCAUUUUAAAAAUAUCGAUAUUGGUGUAAUUCAAUUACGAAAUAACUUGAUCUUCAUUGUUGACAACUUACAGUAUUAUUUGCAAGUGGAUGUAUUAGAGAGUCAGUAUGCUAUAAUGGAAGGAAACGUGAAAAAUACCAAAAAUUUUGAAGAUGUACAAAGAGCGCAUUCUAUUUUUUUGGCUAAUGUUAUGUCACAGACUUUUUUAGCAGGCAAUGUUAAAGAGAGAAAGAAUCCAGUAAAUAAAUUGAUACGCCUUUUGUUAAGACUUUGUGAUGAUUUCAUUCUGCAAGCAUCUACGUGGGAAGUUGCUAAUUUGCUUCUAACAGAAAAAGAGGAAUUAAAAACACUUUCUGAUACGCUCGAUUGUUUAAUGGAUUGGUUGACUAAAACACUAAAUCGAGUUCGUUCACAACCUAGUGGUGAACAUUUAGCUCAAUUGCUAUUGAGACUCGAUUUUAAUAGAUGGUUUAGUAAAAAACUGUAAAGUAUAAUAAAAAUUGCAAUUAUUUUUUUAAUCAAAUAUUUUAUUUAAAAUAAAUUAUCGUUAUACUUAUAUAUACAACAUAUUGAAUAUUUGUAA